CUGUUCACUCAGUCUGCAGAUCACAGUCAGUGUGUUAACACAGACCCAGUCUGCACAGUUUAGUUCAGAGUAGCAGCCGUCUAGCAGCAGUUUGCCUCAGUUCUUCAUCAUGAAGUCUUUGAGCCUGUGUGUGUCUCUGGUUCCUGUUCUGGUUCUGGUUCUGGUCCCGGGUCUCUGGGUCCGGGUCUCUGCAGCUCCUGGUUGCGGCCCGUGUGACCCGGGUCAGUGCGUGGGUCUCCCGGCGGCUGGCUGCGCAGCGGGAUCUGUCCGGGAUUCGUGCGGCUGCUGCUCGGUGUGUGCCGCCGCCGAGGGAGAGCCGUGUGGUGGGCGCCGGGCGGCAGCACGCCGCUGUGGCGCCGGGCUGGAGUGCGUCAGAACUGACGAGGACAAGAAGAAGAAGCUGGGAGUGUGUGUCUGCAAGAGCAACUACGAAGUCUGCGGCAGCGAUGCGCUGACGUACAGCAACGGCUGCGCACUGCGUAGCGCCAGCCUGGCAGCCGAGAAUCAGGGCAAAGAACCAAUCAGCAUCCAGAACAAAGGCCGCUGCCCCACAGCCCCAGUGAUCGUGUCCCCUCCUGGUGAGGUCUAUAAUGUCUCUGGUUCUCAGGUGUAUCUGAGCUGUGAGGCCGUCGGUGUUCCCACUCCGGUCCUCACCUGGAAGAAGGUGCUGGGAGAGAAGAAGAAAGAGGAGCUUCUUCCUGGAGACAAAGAUAACCUGGCGAUCCAGAUGAGAGGAGGACCGGAGAAACACGAAGUCACCGGCUGGGUCCUGAUCUCCCCCCUGACUGAAGAAGACGAGGGGUCCUACGAGUGUCACGCUGCCAACACUCAAGGAGAAGCUUCAGCUGUCGGCUCCAUCCGCAUCAUCCGCUCCAUCCUCGACAUCGUCAAGACAGUGACGAAGGAAGACGAGCUGUGAUCAGCUGAUGGAGAUCAGAGGAGACGGUCGUCACGGAAACAGAUGACAGGAUUCUUCUUCUUUGUUUUCAUGGAUUUCUGAAUUUAAAAUAAAAAACUUUUAGUUUGAAUUUACGUCUUUAGUUUUCCUGAAAUAUAAAAGUUAUAAAUGUAUAUUUUCUACUUCAGAUUCAACUCUUCUUCUAUGGUUUUUCAAAGUAAAGUUUAACUUUUCUUAAUUUCACAUUUUAUUCUUUAAUCAUUUCAUUCUUUUAUUCUCAGUCAGGCUUUUAUUUUGAAGGACUGAAUGUGCUCAGAGUUAAACUAAACUGUGUUUUAAACGUAUUUCCUCUCUGAGCUUCACUUUGUUUUUCUUUGAACAAAAUAAAAUAAAAAUCUCUUUGAUAACUUUG